GGGCGAGGCGCGGCGCGCUGUCGCCCGGCCUGUCUAGAGCUCAGCGGCAGCAGUGGCGGCAGUGGCGGCAGUGGCGGCGGUACAGCGCAGGCACCAGCCCGGGGAGCGGCACCAUGAGCGGAUCACAGAACAAUGACAUGAAAAGACAAUUUUUGCUGGAGCGACUGCUGGAUGCAGUGAAACAGUGCCAGAUCCGCUUUGGAGGGAGAAAGGAAAUCGCCUCGGAUUCUGACAGCAGGGUGACCUGUCUGUGUGCCCAGUUUGAGGCAGUCCUACAGCAUGGCUUGAAGAGGAGUCGCGGAUUAGCACUAACAGCAGCUGCGAUCAAACAGGCAGCGGGCUUCUCCAGCAAAACUGAAACAGAGCCCGUGUUCUGGUUCUACGUGAAGGAGGUCCUCAGCAAGCACGAGCUGCAGCGCUUCUAUUCCCUGCGCCACAUCACCUCGGAUGUGGGCCGCGGCCGGGCCUGGCUGCGCUGCGCCCUCAAUGAACACUCGCUAGAGCGCUACCUGCACAUGCUCCUGGCUGACCGCAGCAGGCUCAGCACUUUUUAUGAAGACUGGUCUUUUGUAAUGGAUGAAGAAAGGUCUAGCAUGCUUCCUACCAUGGCAGCUGGUCUGAACUCCAUACUCUUCGCGAUCAACAUUGACAACAAGGAUUUAAAUGGGCAGAGUAAGUUUGCUCCUACCGUCUCGGACCUCUUAAAGGAGUCAACGCAGAAUGUGACUUCCUUGCUGAAGGAGUCUACGCAAGGAGUGAGCAGCCUUUUCAGGGAGAUCACGGCAUCCUCUGCUGUCUCUAUCCUCAUCAAGCCUGAGCAGGAGACCGACCCCCUGCCCGUCAUGUCCAAGCACGUCAGUGCCGAUGCCAAAUGUAAAAAGGAACGGAAGAAGAAAAAGAAGGUGACCAACAUUAUCUCAUUUGAUGAUGAGGAAGAUGAGCAGAACUCUGGUGAUGGUUUUAAAAAGAUACCCGGGACUGGGGAGAGCUCAGAGGAGAACUCUGACCGCUCCUCAGUCAAUAUCAUGUCGGCCUUUGAAAGCCCCUUUGGGCCUAAUUCCAAUGGAAGUCAGAGCAGCAGCUCAUGGAAAAUUGAUUCACUAUCUUUGAAUGGGGAGUUUGGGUACCAGAAGCUCGAUGUAAAAAGCAUUGAUGAUGAAGAUGUGGAUGAGAACGAGGAUGAGGUGUAUGUGUCUGGAAGGAAGCGCAUGAGCCACUCAGAGUCACCUGAGAAGCCACUGGAUGGGAACACCUGCCUCUCCCAGAUGCACAGCUGGGCUCCGCUGCAGGUGCUGCAUGGCGACACCGACAUCCUCUUUCCGGUCAGUGGAGUGGGCUCCUUCAGCCCUGCAGAUGCCCCCCUUGGAAGCUUGGAGAACGGGACAGGACCCAAGGAUCACGUGCUCCCAGAGCCUGGACCUCGGUACAGUGUGGAAGCCAGUUCUCCAGGCCAAGGAAGUCCUCUGAGCAGCCUGUUACCUUCUGCCUCAGUGCCAGAGUCGAUGACAAUUAAUGAACUGCGGCAAGCUAUCGUGGCCAUGAUGAACAGGAAAGAUGAGCUGGAGGAAGAGAACAGAUCGCUGCGGAACCUGCUGGACGGUGAGAUGGAGCACUCAGCUGCCCUCCGGCAAGAGGUCGACACCUUGAAAAGGAAGGUGGCUGAGCAGGAGGAGCGGCAUGUCACAAAGAUUCAGGCAUUGGCAAGGGAAAAUGAGGUGCUCAAAGUCCAGCUGAAGAAAUAUGUAGGAGCUGUCCAGAUGCUGAAAAGAGAAGGUCAAACAGCUGAAGUUGUACCAAACCUUUGGAAUGUUGAUGGAGAAGUUACAGUCACUGAGCAGAAGCCGGGAGAAGUUGCUGAGGAACUAGCAAGCUCCUAUGAAAGAAAGCUCAUUGAGGUGGCGGAGAUGCACGGUGAGCUGAUUGAGUUCAACGAGCGCCUGCACAGGGCCCUGGUGGCCAAGGAAGCCCUCGUGUCCCAGAUGAGGCAGGAGCUCAUUGACCUCCGGGGACCGGUGCCUGGAGAUUUGAGUCAAACAUCCGAAGACCAAAGUUUGUCGGAUUUUGAAAUAUCCAACCGGGCGCUGAUCAAUGUCUGGAUCCCAUCUGUGUUUCUCCGGGGCAAAGCAGCGAAUGCAUUCCAUGUCUAUCAGGUCUACAUCCGGAUUAAAGAUGAUGAAUGGAAUGUUUAUCGACGGUACACAGAGUUCAGGAGUUUGCACCACAAGUUACAGAACAAAUACCCUCAAGUGAAAGCCUACAACUUCCCGCCCAAAAAAGCCAUUGGAAACAAGGAUGCCAAGUUUGUAGAGGAGCGAAGGAAGCAGCUCCAGAACUACCUGCGCAACGUCAUGAACAAAGUCAUCCAGAUGGUCCCCGAGUUUGCCACCAAUCCCAAGAAAGAGACCCUCGUUCAGCUGAUGCCCUUCUUUGUUGACAUCACCCCUCCCGGAGAACCACUGAACAAGAACAGCCGGCCCAAAGCGGCUUCCCGCUUCCCCAAGCUGUCGCGCAGCCAGCCCAGGGAGACGCGCAAUGUGGAGCCCCAGAGCGGCGACCUCUGACCUCGGUGGAGUCCCAGACUUGGGCUCUAUGUGCUGCGCCAGCUGCCUCCAUCCUGGCCUCUCUGCAUCACACCUGGCCACAGCAGCUGGCCCCUUACUCCUUGGAGUGACGACCACCUCCACCUGGUGAACCCCAGAGAGCACACCUUCCCCACUGGUUACAUGACACCUGGUUACAUUAAACUGGUCAGAGAGCAAGGUGGCUCCUUGCCGGACAGACCCAGACACACGGGCACCAGUCGCCCAGGGGCCAGCAGGAGGGCGGGUGCCAGGUUGGGCUUGGAGCCCCCUGGUUGAGAUGCACAACUUUGGUAUUUCAUUUGGUCAGAAGAUUCACUUAGAAACAACCUCUUGACUCUUUCCCACAUGGGAAUUAGAAUGACUGUUACAGUCUUUUUUUUUUUUUCUUUUUAAUGUAAUUGCCUGCUACAACCUCUGGCCAAGCUGUGGAGGAAGGGGCAUUCCUCCCCAUUUGAUGUUCCCCCAGUGGUCAGCAGACACCCUAGUUAUUGCCUCUGGGCCAGCAGCAGCUCGGUGGCGUCACUCCUCCCGCAAGACGGUGCAGUGGCCUUCGUGCAAAAGAGACGUUAAGUGAUGCUGAUCUGUGGCUUUUGAAGCACGAUUGGCUUCUGGAAGGACCAGCCCGUGUAGGGAACCUGAGACCCCUGGACCCACGUGCACCUUUGUCAGGUUUGGGGGAACCUCACCCAUCCAGGCUGGAACCAUCAGCAACAACCUGGCAGCCCCAUGUUGGAGAGCCCUGGGCUGUCCAGAAAUGGGGGGCCUUGGCCUCAGAAGCCAAGAGGCCUCCAGGCUGUGAGAGACUCAGCUCUGCAGAAGGCUCUGAGAGCCCUCAGGCCUUCACACCGAGCUCCGGAGCUCUGUAACCUCGCUGUGGCUCUCUGUGAACUUGGACACGGUGUCCACCUUGCACAAAUCAUGAUUGUCGCCUAAAGACACGGGUUCACAGUGUGCUCCCUGCCCCUCAACAUGCUCUCGGUGGGAACAGGAUCCCAUGUGCCCCUAGACCGAGUCCUCUGUCCUCCUGUCUGAGAACAGGCGCUGUUGACUAGCAGGAACAGGAUAAAGACGAGAGCAUGGCGCUCGGCACAGGCUCUUCCUCCAGCUCUCCACACCGGACCCUCCCCAGGACCAGGGCUGGCCAGCUCAUUGCAACAUGCGGAAACACGGAAUUGUCUCUCCCCCGGGCAAAGGCCACCCUCAGCUGCUGAGCACCGUUAUGAAGAGUUUGCAUUUUGGAGGAAAUAUUAAAAAACUAGGUACAAAAUCAUGAAACAGACUACACAGGAAUUAGUUAAACCAGAAAAUAGAUGGAUCUGUGGGGAGUUUGAUGACAUGAAUGUGUGACACACGGUCAGAGGGAGGCUGCCCACACCCUCUACCUGGAACGUGUCGGCUCAUUAGCUCAGACCUUGGUGAACAAGCUGGGUAUGCGCUGAGCCUUUCCUAGACAGAGGAAGGCUCCGCGGAGGCUCACCUGGAAGGUUCUGCUCUGUGUUCCUGUCAGCCCCAGGGACCUUACUCAGGUCAGCUGUAAAACUGACCCCCGGGGCUUGUAGAAAGGAGCCAGGAUGAGAAACGGCCCAAAAGAGCUUCUGAGGGAACCUCCGGCCUGGUGAGCCGUGCCCAGGCGAGCAAAGGGCCUGCCGUCCUCGUGGCUGGAGGCGGCGGUGUGUGGCGGGGGUCCCUGCUCUCAGCUCAUGGGGUUAGAGGACCCGAGAGACCAUGUCCUAAAAAGGCAACAUAGUUUCUUUCUUCCUUUGUUUCAGUUCCAAGUCCACAGGGCCCCCUCGGUGGCCGCGGCUGGCUGCUCUGAACAAGGCUUCCUCGACUAAAUCGUCAGGAUGCUCAGAGCACAAGCUGCCCCACCUCCCGCCUCCCACAUUGUGUUUACUCCACCUCAGUCAUUUUGAUGUUGGUCUUUGAUCCCCACUGAAACACUGUCCCAGCACCACCUGUCUGGACGGCGGAACGUGUCCCCAGUCAUCUCCGUUUUCUGUGUAGUAGAUGUGGAACGGACCACCCACCUCCAGCGCCCCCUACCCGGGCCCAGGGUUCUGUUCAGCCAGGCUUUCUGGUACCUGACUGGAAACAUCUGGUGCGAACCAGGCCUUGCCUUCCCCAGCCACUCCUCCAGGAACCUGCUUCACAGCUACGACAGGACAGAUGCUACGUUGGGAGAAAAGAGUCCACGCCCAGCCUGUAUUUAAAAAGGAGAAACCCUGCCUCCUCAUUUUUAAAAGCUUAAUUAUUCAUGGAAAACUCACCCUGGUCUCCCAAAGUAUGGAUUGUAAAAGCACGUUCUUAGGGGCCCCACAGGAAUCGUCAGCUGCUUGGUCUUUUCACCCCCUUUUUGGUGAUCAUGCAGAAACCCUGGAAUCAUCUUUAAUGUACAGACCGCCCCCUCCAAUUUUAGCCCAGAUAUGCAUGUGACAUGCACAUUACAGCCACUCCUCAGAGCCUUAAUUUUGGAAUCACAUAGAAUGUUCUGCAAUGAUUUAAUCCACCCAGCUGCUCACUAAACCCCUGACCCCUAGCUCCUGAAGAAGACAAACCACUCGGGGCCAGCAAGGAGCAGGCUGAGAGCUGGUGUAUUAAACGUCGCCCCGUCACGGCAUUCACCUGCCCUUCACCUAAGAUCCAAUUCAGAGGGCAGGCUGUGGUCCUCCCUCCGAAUGCCCACUCAGCCCCCUGCAACCCGUCAGCAGAAAAGACCACCCUGUGGAAAGGACCAAUUGAAGCUGCCCGUCUCCUUGAUCCAAUUAGAAGAUUCUUUGGUGCCUCCAAAAUUGGCAGCUAAGAGAUGAGUCCCUCCCUGUUCAGAGGGAAACCAAAGGGGUCUGCCUCUCUCUAGAGGGCCUUGAACAUCCAGGACCACACCUAGACUGCGCGCAGGAGUCCAUUCUGGGUCCUCUCACCAAAGGCAAGCUGUCAGCUCACAGGAAGCUUUAGCAAGAACAUCGCUAGGGCUUGUCUCUGUCAGCAACUCAUUUGUUUCUUCCUCCAUUCCCCCAGAUGAAAGAAACAAUCAGGAAGAGUAGGGUGGGCAGAGAUGCCUCUCCUUAAAAGAGAAAACCAAAGCGCUCAGGGAGGCCCUCCAAGGCCGGUGCAAACGUAGCCCAGAGCAACUCCCGACUAGGGAGGGAGCCUUCACAGCCAGCUCCAGCUUGUAAACUCGUUCCCCGGGCACGCACUACGCAAUGUUACCGGCAAGCAAUCAAUUGCAGAGAGCACAGAGACAGUUAAAACAGCCUGGCGUUUGUCUAGUCGGUCCCCAGGGAGGAGGAGUUGGCUAUCUUGUCGAAGGAGACCUCGCUUAACACCCAAUAGCCAGGCACGCCCAAGGGCCUCCUGGUUACAAAAGGAGGCAAGGGUUUAAGGACAGGGUCUUAUUACAGCACUUGGCUCUGCUCUGGCUCAGAGCUUAUUAAAAUGAGUCCUUUGAUAACCACUGAAAUUUUACAAGGGCAGCAGGUUGUGUUAUGACUGUAACAAAACAGAGGCAAUCAAAGUUGUUUACAACUCUAGGAUUGAUAACGGUGUUGUAACUAAUGCAAAAGGCAACAGGCCCUGGAGGCCCAAUAAUUAAUCCCCAGGCCUGGGGCCAGAGUCUGGAGAAGGAGACCGGCAGCCCGCCUGGCUGCUCGGAGGCCGCGCUACUUCCCAGCAGCAGGGCUAGGGCCCAGCCAGCCAGCAGCCUCUUCUUCCUUGGUAUCCCAUGGGACAGUUUGCCCGCCUGAGGACUAGGUCACAGGGUUCUAGGCCUUGGCCCGGACCCCACCUGCUCCCCUUCACAUGGGGGCAGCCCAGCCCAGAGUUGUCAGCUGCUGCCCCCCACCCUGUGGAGGCCAGGCCCUGUUUUCUGGGGUCCCAGCAGGCACUCUCUGACCCAUCCCUCCAGACUCCUUCGCCCUGGCUCCCUUCUAUGAGCCCCAGAGUCCAGAGGCACGUGGUCUGUCUGCUCAUCUUAGUGUGUAACUCAUGGCAAAGAACAGGCUGGUUUCCAGCCCAGACCUGGGGACGGGCAUGCCCCCAACCUGCCUGAGAAAGGCCCUGCCAAGGGCCCCAUCUGCCCACAACAUCACAUUGGCUAAGAGGUAUGGCUAAGAGGCACACCUUAUAUUCAACUUUCAACCACAAAGGCAAUAACUGUCUGGAUUUUUCCUGGGUAUUUCACUCGGGACGAUGCUACACACGCUGGACCGUCUCCCCGGCCUGCGGGCCGAGCCUCGGCAGACAGAAGGCCCUUCAUGCAGGCGGGCACCUGCUUCUGCACAAGGUCUUUUGGAGCGAUUAUUUUUUAAAUAUUGUGCAUUGUUUCACUAAAUAUUUGCUGUUCAGAUUGGCUUCUGUGCUAAUUUUACACAGUUGUAGCACUGUAUAUUUUAUCUAAGAUUUCCGUGCCAAAAAAUUCAUUUUCAUGUUUCUGUAACACGCGGUCUUGAUUAUGUCUCUAAAAUAAAACUUCAGCUACUGGAUCAGCCGGGAUGAGGGAGGAGCACUGAUGAGCGCCGUGCUCUGCGCAAGCCCCCUUCCCGCUCAGCCCGCAGUCACUGAAAUGCACGCAUUAGUUCACCUCUGGAUUUCUCACCUUUUCAGCCCUGAGACAUUUGCCAACGUACGGGCCUGAUUUCAGUCACAAAGCCCUUACUGUUGUCUCUAAAAUCUGAAUGGCUGCAUUGAAUGGGCUUUCUGACCUACCCAGUCAGUUUCUUUGGGGCAAAAAUCAUCUGAUUUCUUUAAAAGACGGUUGAGGCUGUAGCCUGGGUGAUCAUCCCACCAGCAGAACAUGCUGGGUUCGUUAGUGUUUUGGGACCACGGGUCAGUUCUUACCGGCACGUGAAUGUUUUCCCAUCAUAACUGGAAAACCACAGCCGACCUGUCCAGGCCCCCACGUUCCCCUCGAGUCUGCUCAGGGCCGCCUCCGGCUGUCAUGCACCACGAGUGGGGAGGCCACUCAUUCACCUCGAUGGCUCUUUUUCUCACCUGUAGACCGUGCAGGGGAUGCCCUUGCAAAACCUGGGACUCGGGGCAUGGACGGUAACUAAAUGGCGGCUGCACCUUCGCAGUGCGUUGCUAACCACUCCAGAAAUGCGCCUGGAGGACGUGUGUUUCCACAAGUGCGGGGGUGGGGGAGCUAAUUAGGAAUUUUUAUUAUCUAGGAUUCAUCCUAGAGAGAAUGUCUUUACCUCUUCAGCCUUAGCUUCACCAUCCCUGGCAUAGCCGUUCAGUAAAACUCUGCUUAACCCAUCAGGUACUGACUUGGAGGAGGGGGUCUUUUGAACGCAGGAGCAUGUUCACCCCAGGCGGGAGGCCCUCAGCCUGGCCGAAGCCCCCUUGACGGUCCCAGCGGCCCGGCCGUCGGGCGAGGAGGCAACACCCCUGGAGUCUGGUCUACCGCCUGGAUGUAAAGGGAGCCUACGCGU